AGAGCCGUGCUCAGUAUUUUGCAUUGCACGAUAAUUCUGAAGAAAACGCAGUCUGGAUGGCUGGAACCACAAGGCCCAUGUUGCUAUUUGCUGCAAAGCACAUGGGAGCACGAGCAGGUAGGUGUUGCAUCGCCAUGUUUCCAGACAGAUCAUAUGAUUGCGCGUAUACACAACCAGUCCAACAAAUUCUUUGUCCGUGAGAGUUGGAGUAGCAAACUAUCCAAGACACGUCAGUGUAUAUGAGAAAGCGUGAGGAUGGGCUUAAGAAAGGUAUCAGUCUCCGGACAGCCAGCUUAGCUCAAAUCUUUCAAGUUCGUUCUAGCUUUUUCCAAAAGAUGUCGAGUUCUCAAGCGAAACCAACAAUCAUUGGUCUGUACGGUAUCUCUGGAGCAGGGAAGUCGUACCACUUGGACCUACUCAAGACCACGACCACACUUGCCAAAGAAGGCUUCAUCUUCUACGAUGGCUCUGCACUCAUUGCCAGCGUGGUUCCCGCUGGGUUGGACGCAUUCAAAGGUCUUUCUCACGAUGAUCAGACCUUGUACCGCAAACAAGCACUCGAGCAACUCAAGGUUGAAUGCACCGAACACCAGAAGACAGCUGUCGUCUCCGGACACUACAUAUUUUGGGAUGAUGAGACCAGAGAAGGUGAGAGGGUAGGUAUCGAAGAGGACUGGGAGACCUACACGCACAUCAUAUAUCUCAACGCAGAUGCCGGAGUCGUAGCCGAACGAAGGAAGAAGGACUCAAGGUGGCGCCGCAAGACUUCCGUUGCGCAUCUGGGGAAGUGGCGGGACACUGAGAGGGCUGAGUUGCGGGAUAUUUGCCUGGAGAAGAAGAUAUUGUUCACUACUGUGUUCGACGACGCACCGCCCAAGGAAACCCGUACCGCAGACAAGCUCGAGAUGAUACUGCGAGACUUCCAGCAGCACAGCGAGGAACACAACAUUUCGAUCAUUGAGAAAGCUAUCGAUGCUACUACUGCCGGGCAAGACAAGCUGGAGACCAUGCUGGUGCUGGACGCUGAUAGGACACUGGCUCCGCAUGAUACCGGUGCGAUGUUUUGGGAAGCUGACAUAUGGGGGAUCAGCACCAAAGAUCCACUGAAGACACUUUUCAAAAGGCAGGGCUACUCAUACGCGUCGUUCCGCCAGGCGAGUCUACUCUACGAAGAAGCAGCGGACGGCUUUGAUGUCAGAUGCAACAGGCUCGCGGAGCAUGUCAAGAUGUAUACAGACAUGAUUGCUCUUCUCAAAGACGUAGAGAUGAAUCCGCACAUCGGCGCUGUUGUCGUAACCUGUGGUCUCCGUCGCGUCUGGGAGGAGGUCCUCGCGACAAACAAGUUGUCUCACAUCAAAGUCAUUGGCGGAGGGCGUCUCGCAGACGAAUACGUGAUCACAGGGUCAAUCAAGGGUCAUAUUAUCGACAAGCUCCAUGAAAAGAAGCUCCGUGUCCUCGCUUUCGGAGACAGUCCACUCGACUUGGAGAUGCUGCAGAAGGCCGAUGACGCAUACGUUGUGGUCGGCGACAGGGAGACCAGAAGUAGGACGAUGGACGCAGAGCUUUCCAAAGCAAUCGAGAACGGCCUACGUGCGCAGCAGAUCGUCUUCUCCCACAAAGUUGACCCCCGGCUAGAUGUGGAGUCACUCCCAAAACUGGAGCUAGGAGCUGAAGAGCUGAAGUUUAUCUUCAAGCGGCAGGAGAAUUUCGUGCACGCCACCCUCAAGAACGCAACAAAGCUUCUGAUGACGCCCACGCGAGAUGCCGCCAAUCGAGGACAUGAUCUCAGAAAGGCCCACGAAAACGUCGGCUACUACCUAGCUACCGAGUUUCUGAGCGAGAUCAUCGGCAUCGAGACAUAUCCCGUCAAACACGUCCAAGGCUUCCCUACAGAUGGCUAUCGCUUCCGACAUGAGAAGCAUACACUGAUCGUCCCGCUCAUGCGCGGUGGCGAACCCAUGGCCUUCGGCGUCAGCAAGGCCCUCAAAACAGCAGGUUUCGCACACGCAAAGCACUUCAGCGACAUUGAUGCUGGAAACUUGAAGGGCAAACGUGCCAUCAUCCUCGUCGACUCGGUCAUCAACACAGGUGGGUCAAUCGUCGAGUUCAUGGAGCCUUUGAGGGAGAAGUAUCCGGGCGUGCAGGUCAUUGUUGUUGCCGGUGUUGUCCAGGCCGACGCUACCAAGGUAGGUAAAUUCGCGGCCAUGUUGAAAAGCGACAAGAAUCUGUAUGUUGUCGCAUUGCGCGAGUCCGACAACAAGUACAAGGGUCGGGGCGGAACCGAUACGGGGCAUCGGCUGUUCAACACGACGAACCUGGACUGAGGUAGGUAGACGUUGGUGGAUGAGUGGGAGAGUGAAACUGGGUAUGCGAGGGCUCGGAGUAGAAAUAGACCAUACCACAUAGUUGUAGAGAAUGACAACG